AUGUCCGCGCUUAAGGAUGGGACCUCUACCUGUAGUUCGAAUCCGGCUUGUUCAAGACGCAACGGAUCGAAUACCGCGGGGGCGGCAGCCCAUUAUUCCGCGGCUGCAACGCAAAAGCUUCCCGAUUUGGAACGGGGCCGACGUACUGUGUUCCGUUCGCAACCGCUGCUUGUCUAUCGUGGCCACGAGGGCGUUGUGACCGAAGUGGCCUGGUCGAAAAAUUUGUUUCUUUUGGCCACUAGUAUGGAUCAUCAAGUUCGCCUUUGGCAUAUCAGCCGUCGGGAAUGUCUUUGUCUAUUCAAUCACAAUGACACUGUUCCUACAAUCGUGUUCCACCCGAAAGAUGAUCGUUUCUUUCUCUCCGGAAGUUUGGAUGGCAAAUUGCGCCUAUGGAAUAUUCCAGACAAGAAAGUCCGCUUUUGGGUUGAAGUACCAAUACCAAGCGCUCUACCUCUGCCUGCCAACGCUUCACCGGGCCCGUUUGCAGUGUCCAGCCUCUUUAAGUCCACACCACCUUCUACUCCACAAGUGCUUUCAGCUAGUGGACACUUACGAGCGGCGGGACCUAAGACAAUCAUAACAAGUGCCACGUUCGCCUGUGACGGUACAAAAGUGGUCGUAGGCACCUACGAUGGACGAGUGAUGUUUUUCAACAGUGAGUUGACCUAUAUCACAUUCAUCGCCAUCAAAUCGAGCACCACAAAAGGUCGUCAGUGUCGUGUGACAGCCAUCGAACUGGACCCCACCGAUUCGAACAAGAUUCUAGUGACGUCAAACGAUUCUCGCUUGAGGUUAAUUGAUGCCCGGGACUAUCACACCUUGUGCAAAUAUCGUGGCUUUGUGAAUGAAACGAGCCAGAUUCGUGCUUCGUUCAGCCCUACUGGACGUUACCUCAUUUCCGGAUCAGAGAACGCGUUCUUCUAUAUUUGGCAAAAAUCGCUUGAAGUGGAUCGUAUCUCACGUUUUUCCAGAGCACGAAAAGAUCGCAACAGUUGUUGGGAAGCAAUCAAAGCGCACGACACCAUGGUCACAGUAGCCAUUUUCUGUCCUAACCCGAAUCUCGUACUGGACAAACACUUGCGACACGGUUGGGGUCCCGAUGGAUUUCCCGCAUUCAACUAUCCGGACACUCUAGGCAAUACGCGAUUGGACGAACUCCCGUGCAAUGCUGAUCCGAGGCAUCCAUUACCCUACUUAGGUGAACUUAUUGUUUCGGCGGACUGCAAUGGUUGUAUUCGAGUGUUUAAAAAGAUCUCCACAACUGACUCUCAAUCUUCAGUGGGUGCGAAUUCGAAAAACACUUAA